AUGAGUGCUAAACUAACUAAGUCGCUCCGCGUAAACUGUUUUGGCCGUCCAGGUAUUUGUUCUUGCUACAAAUUGACUUGGACGGGAAUCUCAGAAUCUGUUUAUCUCCCUCUCAGUCGACGCUUGAUUUCGUCAUUAUUUGAUCUGGAACAAAUUAGAACGAAAUCAGGCGCCUUUGUUUCCAUUGUUGGGCUGGUAAUCAUGGCAACAUUGUUCUUUCACGAGUUGACAUAUUAUCUUUCCACAUAUACAGUACAUCAGAUGGAAGUGGACUUGAAACGUGGAGAAACUCUCCCAAUCAACAUAAACAUGACAUUCCCAUCUUUGCCUUGUGAUGUUUUAAGCGUAGAUGCUAUUGAUAUGUCAGGGAAGCAUGAAGUGGAUCUUGACACAAACAUAUGGAAGCUGCGUUUGAGUAAUGAUGGCCAUAUUAUUGGCACAGAAUAUUUGUCAGACCUAGUGGAGAAGGAACGUGCAGCUCAUGCGCAUGAUGACCACAAAGAUCAUCAUGAGGAGUCUGACCAUAAAAUUGAACUCCACAGUUUUGAUAAAGAAGCUGAAAAUAUGAUUAAAAAGGUGAAGCAGGCACUGGCAAAUGGAGAAGGUUGCAGGGUAUAUGGUGUUUUGGACGUGCAAAGGGUUGCUGGGAACUUCCAUAUUUCAGUUCAUGGAUUGAAUAUUUUCAUUGCACAAAUGAUUUUUGAAGGGUCUUCUCAUGUUAACGUGAGUCAUAUAAUUCAUGAUUUAUCUUUUGGGCCGAAAUAUCCUGGAAUUCACAACCCACUUGAUGGGACACUGCGGAUAUUGCGUGGAGCAAGUGGUGCGUUCAAGUAUUACAUAAAGAUUGUUCCAACUGAAUACAAAUAUAUCUCCAAAGAAGUUUUACCUACAAAUCAGUUUUCUGUCACCGAGUAUUUUUCUCCUAUCAACGAGUUCGAUAGAAAGUGGCCUGCUGUAUACUUUUUAUAUGAUUUUUCACCAAUUACUGUGACCAUCAGAGAAGAACGUCGCAGUUUUCUCCACUUCAUCACCCGGCUAUGUGCCGUAUUGGGUGGUACAUUUGCCUUAACAGGAAUGCUAGAUAGAUGGAUGUACAGGUUUAUCGAAGCUGUGACAAAACCAAACACUAGCAGUAUUUUGCGGUGA